AUGAAGGCCUCUCCGCAGGAUCGCUAUCGAACGACUCAGGAACAGUUGUCGGAUGGCUAUCCAACAGGUCUAAAUUGGAUUAGGAACAGUUACGAACGAUUAUCUAAGCAAUCGAUACCUGACGACAAGAAACGACUAUUGAAGGACGACGAAGACAGGAAAAAAGGGUAUCACUAUAUACUCACCGUCAUCGAUGUGUUGAGCAAGUACGCGUGGACCGUACCACUCAAGAGCAAAAGCAAAAGGGAGACAGCUGACCUUAUCGCUGAGAUAAUUUCCAAGAGCGGCAGACAUCCUAAAAAUUUACAAACUGAUAUGGGGAAGGAGUUUUACAACGCUGACGUGCAGAAACUAUUGCAAAUACAUAACAUCAAUCAUUAUUUUAUGUACUCUAUAAUGAAGGCAUCGGCCAUCAAACGCUUUAAUCGCAUGCUAAAGAACUACAUGUGGAAGCAAUUUACGCUCAGCAGCAGUUACAACUGGAUCGAUCUGUUAUGGCGUCUCGUGUCGAAUUACAACACUUGGAAGCACCUGUUCAAGAUCGUCAAAGUGCAACGUGCCAAUCCCGUAACUUAUUUACUCAAAGAUUAUCGCGGAACAACUAUCACUGGAGCGUUCUAUAAGCAUGAGUUGCAUCACGCAACUUACCCGGACGUAUUUCUGGUGGAGAAAGGAUUGCGCAGGAAAGGAGACGAGGUUUACGUCAUGUGGCUCGGAUUCGAUAAAUCGAACAAUUCAUGGAUACACAAGAACAAUGUUAUUUAA